AUGCAAUUUCUCACCUGCCUCAGUGACCCAGAACGUGACGCAUCGCUCACGUAUUACAGGGUCGCACUCAGUGAAGUCCAUCUGCGCGGCAAGUGCAUUUCCACGAUCCACCGACUCCUUCGUCUCUUGACCAGAGAAAAACCCCCAGAUAAGCAGAUGUCCACCACAGUAAAGCGCCUCCACACUUCAAACGCCUCCUGUGAGAAGCUCUGUUACGAGGUGUGGAUUCGUCUGCUUGAGUUACUUCUCUUCCUCGACAGGCGCGCGUCCCCAAAUGAACUCGACAAGACGACCACUUUCUCGCUCGAUCGACUUCAGAACUGGCGAAAAGAUAUUUCUACGACCAAGCACAGUGUCUUGCGGAUGGCGCCUAUAACUUUUCAACCAGACCCGCGCUGUUUGAGUCUUAAUGACAGGCUUUUACUUCGAACGAAUGAACAAUCGCGAGAGAUUGGGAAGGUAGACAGGCGCCAGUCAGAAGCACCAGCUGCCCACGACGGUUCACUCGAAUCAGUUAAUGUCCCGGCCAAUGACGAACCUAGUCAAAAGAACGGGUUAAAGCCUAAAACUGUCUCUUCAAAUAUGCUUGGAUCUAACACAUCAAAUAGAACAGAAAUCAACAGGCAAAGCCAUUGUAAUGGUGACGCCCAUGCUACUAUGGUAACUGGCGAUAAUGAAGAAAACGCGAUCGAUGAUAAUGAAAAUAAGCUGCGAAAUGCUGGGGACACCGGGGGAUAUCUUCCUAAGCCAGAAUGUUUGUCCAAGUCUGAUUGGCCCAGCCUCCUCACCAGACAGUUGAAAUUUCGCAAUGGCGUACUGAUCGGUUCGUCGGCAACAGGAAUGAAACGCGUGCAAGAUCUCCCACGAAGUCCCGCGUCAAUUUCACAUUCUGAAGCGCGCAAGAUAAUCUCGCAAAUGCCCACGGGCUCGGACAUCGUCAGCACCUUCUCGCCUGAGGCGGUGCUAAGUGAAGCGAAAAAGGGCAGCAGUGAGCAACGCGUCGACUCCUACCUCGCCGCGGCCGAGACCAACGAGAUGGCGAUCUCUCAGCAGCACAGCAACUCCAACGUCGAUAUACGUGCAGCGAAACUGCGCAAAAGUUGGUCGGCCGACCACUUAGCACAGGCGACAGCCGCCCGUGCGUGGUCGCUCGAUGAUCUCAACGGGCCCCAGACGGAUAAGACUGUUAGUGUGAGUCAUUCACCAGAUGACACGACAACCUACCCGCUGGAGGUCUCUGAGCAUCUGACAACUUUUUGGGACAAUUAUCAGGCACCCUAUUAUUCCUGUCUGGGUGGUCUGAGUUCAAUGGGGCCGAAAGCCAAUGUACCAGCCAACUUGAUUUGGGAGGACGUCUUCUUCGAUGAAACAGAGGCCCUCGACUUUGAGUCGUGCCAUCAGCGGCUGCAGAGCACAACGCGCCAGAUUGACGAGUGGAGUUUCGAUGGGCUCUCUUGCACACCACUCUCGAACCUCGACACAGACGACAUUCGAGAUGACAACGAUGCCAGGAGCCAGAGCUCGGCCAUGCUUUUGGAGGGCACCGACAAAGACCCCUUCUCUGAGGAUGAUGCCCAACCCGUGGCGAGCAUCGAAAUGGUGGACAAGUGUCUGCAAACCGAAGUCGUCAGCGAGAUCAAGCCAAACGGCUAUGUUCUCUCGACGACUGCCUAUUCUAACGCAUCUCUCGGGAUAAUAUCGCAGGAUCCUACCACAACUCACACGUCUGGAUACGAAUCCGGUCCAGACUUAGCGCAUUCGUUUUUCCAACGGACUUCCUUCUCUUCAGUACGAGAUUCGAAUAGCAUGAGCCAGCAAAACUCAUUACCCCAUGUCGUGACCCAUGAUUCGGCUGUUCAAACGGUGCAUUCUCCUCACAACUAUCGCUGCAACCCAUCAUCUGCCAUCACGGAGGAGCCCUCUGAACAGGGUUCCGCAAAUGGAACCAGCAGCAUUGACAUUCUUCUUCAAUCAGAGCGCAGUUUAAUUCAGUUACGUGAAUUCAUUUAUGGGAUUGUCGUCGGUACUGUUGAGCAGAACGUGAGAAUGUUGGAGCGUUUAAUGCGACCAGGUGAAUUACAUUCUCAGCAAGUUGCUGCGCUAUGUGACCGGUGGAAAAUUUGGUUGAAAUGGAUCCACUCCAGGAAAUCAGAACUGCAGAAUCUCAAAACUCUGCAAGAUAGGAUCCACGAGCUUUCCACCAAGGUGAGCCUGCUACGGCGACUUUCUGGCAACGUAUCGAAUCGCACUAGCUUGCUGUCAAACAGCGGACCUUCAUUCAAUCUCCAGGUAUUAGGCACCGAAUUUCACAGCGUGACUGAAGAAGCUGAAAAUCUCCGGCAACUGCUUUUAAAACAGAGACGACAGGAGAUGAAUCGUCUGCACUUCGUUGACCCAGACACUCCCGAGCUUUCUCAUCUGGAGACACAAUUUGCGAAACGUUAUAACAACCUACUAGAUCAGGCCAUUGAAGAGGCGUGUUCCCUUGCUGAUCAAGCAAGCUCAGCCAGAUCUGAGUUUGCGUACCUGGAGUCUCUCACUGAUCGGCUGCAAAUGUCAACACCACUCACCAGAGUCACGACUCAAAGCAGUGACUUAGAUUCAAGUCAGCAAACAGUGCGACCUCUCUCCCGAACUGACACCAAUCACAGCUCUCCGGAUCGUUACGUUGAUAUCUCGAACCAAAAUUCACCCAGCGAACCAGACCAGGAAUGUGCUGAUCCACGGAAUGGUUUACUCACUUCAACUUACUACCCAUUAAUAGCUUUUAUGAUUGUUCUCAUGUCAAUUUCUUUCCUUUGGGGAGUUGUCCUUUCGUUGGAACGGUUCUGUCCUCAUCCAUGCCCCGGCCCUACUCGGCCCGGUUGGUUUGGUGUCUACUUUCACCGAACUGGAAUUCCUCCUCAUUGA